ACUCACUCAUUCACUGCGCGUUGUGUGUGUGUGUGUCUGUGUGCGUCGCUUGAUCGCAGUUUAUUCCUCCGAUCCUCUCUUUUUUUGGGGGAGAGGGGGAGGAGGAGGGGGAGGGGGUAACAUCAUUUUUUUUUUACCACCAUCCCAACUCUGCUCCUUACCAACAGGACACGCACACGCCAAAAAAAAAAAAAAAAAAAAAAAAAAAGCCGUGCGAUUAACUUGUUUUCCCGCACUUUUUGGGCCCGAGAUAUGGCAAUGGUAGUUAGUACUUGGCGAGAUCCUCAAGACGACGUGGCCGGGGCUCAGGGCGGCCAGUCUGCACAAGCGCAGCCGGGCCAGCAGCCACAGCAAGCGGCCACGGGCGCUCCCCACACCCCGCAGACCCCGAGCCAGUCGGGGCCGCCCUCCACCCCGCUCGGAGGCAGCAGUCAGGGCGGCCAGCCAGGCACCGAGAAGCAGCCCAGCCAGCAGCAGCAGCAGCAGCAGAUCGAGUGUGUGGUCUGCGGGGAUAAAUCCAGCGGCAAGCACUACGGCCAGUUCACAUGCGAGGGCUGCAAAAGUUUCUUCAAGCGAAGUGUUCGUAGAAACUUAACGUACACAUGUCGUGCCAACCGGAAUUGUCCUAUAGACCAGCACCACCGCAAUCAGUGCCAGUACUGUCGCCUGAAGAAAUGCCUCAAAGUUGGAAUGAGGCGGGAAGCGGUUCAGCGAGGCAGAAUGCCUCCAACUCAACCGAACCCAGGCCAGUAUGCGUUGACGAAUGGGGACCCUUUGAACGGCCAUUGCUAUCUGUCUGGAUACAUCUCCUUGCUACUGCGGGCCGAGCCUUAUCCAACCUCCCGGUAUGGAAGUCAAUGUAUGCAACCCAACAACAUCAUGGGUAUUGAGAACAUUUGCGAGCUCGCUGCACGAUUGCUUUUCAGCGCAGUGGAAUGGGCCAGGAAUAUCCCCUUUUUCCCAGAUUUGCAGAUCACAGACCAGGUGGCUCUGCUAAGGCUGACUUGGAGUGAGUUGUUUGUGCUUAACGCUGCCCAGUGCUCGAUGCCGUUGCAUGUGGCUCCUCUGCUGGCUGCUGCAGGGCUCCAUGCCUCGCCAAUGUCUGCGGACAGGGUCGUUGCCUUCAUGGAUCACAUAAGAAUCUUCCAAGAACAGGUCGAGAAACUGAAAGCCCUCCACGUCGACUCAGCAGAAUACAGCUGUCUCAAAGCCAUCGUGCUAUUCACGUCAGAUGCCUGUGGCCUGUCGGAUGCUGCCCAUAUAGAAAGCCUGCAGGAGAAAUCUCAGUGUGCUCUAGAGGAAUACGUGAGAAGCCAAUACCCGAACCAGCCGAGCCGCUUUGGCAAGCUCUUACUGCGGCUGCCUUCCCUCCGCACCGUGUCGUCUUCGGUUAUUGAGCAGCUGUUCUUCGUCCGUUUGAAAUUCAACCAAGCCGCCAUCUGAGAAUCCUCUCAAUGGAGUAUACUCAAUGAAGUAUUCAAAUAUUAGCAAAUCCUUGAAAAACCAAUGUGUACACCACUGUUGCAAAACAUUAAUGUUUAACCUGGAACUGAAUGCUAAUUUCAACUUCGUGCUCGUGAAAUUGACAUUUUUGAGUUGCAUUUGCCUUUAUGUAUUGUGUUUCAGUCAAAGUAAAACAUUGAUUGAUUGCAAUGGGGGGUGACGAACAUAUUUAUUGUUAAAGGUUGUUCUUUUCUUCCUGGAGAAAUUGCAGCCCAGUGCAAUACUUUAAUGGUGUGUGAAGCCCGGCUCAUUUAAAGCAGAUGGAAGCAAACAAACAUGGCUGCCUUUAACAGACUUUAGAUGCAUUUGAGAAAAAGGCACUUCUUUCCCUCAGUCCUUCCCUGUGAAACAGACAAAUAGCCCAAUCCCCUUGGAAGCACAAUCUAUAGCUUCAUUUCUGUCCUCAUAAUUCACUGAACAAAAUCUAGAAAGUUUGAUGUGUGGUCAAGUAUUAAAUGAUCCGAAAAAUGCGUGUGCCACACUUUCGUUUCCUGGAGACAGUCCUCUAGUUAUUUAUAAUUGUUUAAUUUCACUUAAGAUAUAUAUGUACUACAAUAAGUUUUAUAUUAAAACUUCUGCCAAGUGUCACUUUAAUGAACCAUCUCUCCACACUUCGUCGAGCACACUUAAAUGUAGCUUUCUGUUCCCUUCUCCAUUUCAGAUAAAUCCCACUGCAAAUAUUUAUGUUUUUUUACUAUUCUUUUGUUUCUUCUGACAAUAAAAUCUACUUUGGUUUAAAAAAAAGAGUGAGAAUAUUCCUAUUUUUUUUCACUGAGACGGUUUUAAUAAGAUGUUACCUUUGACUUUUACAUCUAAACUUUACAGCGGGGUUAAACACCAGACAGAGAGUGGAUUAAUGCUGUGACUGCGAAACAAACUACAACAAUUUAGGCUCUUAAUUAAGAAGAAAUGUUUCUUUCCUGUCGGAAUAUUCCGCGGUUUCAUACAUUAAAAUGGCCAAAAAAAAACCUAGGAUGCACAAGAAAGGAGUUUGGGACAUUUUAGCUGAGCCAAUAUGCUUUACAUUAUCCAAACAAACUAAAAAAAAGCUGGUCUUUUUGGGAGGGGAUGGGGAGGGGGGCUUUUAUUACUGCUAAUGAUAAUUACUCUUUGAAAAUGGCAAUGAACUAUUAAAUAACACAAGGAAGGUGCUUGUCUUUCAGUAUGAUGUUAGUGUACUUUUAAUAAAACGUGAAAACAGUUGUAUUUUGUUCUUGUAAUAAAUCAUGUGCACUUGUUUGCAA